UUUCAGGUGGAGUUUGCAGUUGAGAUGACCUGUCGCAGCUGUGAGGAUGCUGUGCAGCAUGCUCUUGACUCUGUACCAGGCAUUCAAUCCACACAGGUUGAUCUCAAAAAUGAAACUGUCAUUGUUGAGACGAGUUUGGCUGUAGAGCAGGUUCGGCAACUCAUCGAGAAUACAGGAAGGAGAGUUGUGGUGAAAGGCAUGGGCUCAGGUGUGAGUCACCUUGGAGCGGCUGUAUGUAUGAUGAGCGGCUCUGCCGUCGGCCUGGUACGAAUGAUUCAGAUAAAUCCUGACACGUGUCUCUUCGAGGGAACGAUAGAUGGUCUUCAGGCAGGGGAGCAUGGAUUGCAUGUGCACGAAUAUGGAGAUAUAUCCCUUGGUGCCGAGAGUUGUGGGAACCAUUUCAACCCAACAGGGGCAAAGCACGGUGGCCGUACUGACAUAGAAAGGCACAUUGGUGAUCUUGGCAAUAUAAGAGCAGAAGAAAACGGACGAGCCGUGUUCCGAUUCACAGACAAUCGCGUAAAGAUAUGGGACAUCAUUGGCAGAUCUAUGAUUGUACAUGCUGCCAAGGAUGACCUUGGCAGAGGUGACAAUGCCAGCUCAAGGAUUGACGGAAACUCUGGGCCAGGAGUAGCGUGGGGUAUCGUCGCACGUUCUGCUGGGCUGUUUGAGAAUGUGAAGACGGUAUGUGCGUGUGACGGCAUCAGACUGUGGGAUGAAAGAGACGUGCCUCUAGCUGGACCUAGCCGCUCCAAUAACACAAGGUCCUAUGUGCAAGCACAGUUGUAGCUGACCUGUGUCAGGACUGAUUAUAUGUCUCAUCGUGCCAGAAAUUCUGCAUUCCACGUCCAGUAGAAUUCAGUGUUUUAUUCUUAUAGAUUGUUGUUGUAGAGAAUUAUGCCAUUGAUGGGGCAUAAAGUAAGUAUCAUGAAGUACUUUAACAGGAUCAAGUGAGAGAACAUGCAUACUGAAAUGAUUUAGCCAAAGGAGAUCAUGCAAUACUUGCAUUAGUAAUUCGUUAUGUAAUGUUAUUAUGCCUAAUGGUAAUUUUAGCAUGCGAGAAAAUUGAAGUUUGUGGUAUCAUGACAUCAUGAUCACUGGUUAAAUGAAUAAAGGUUGGUACUUCGUGUGUAUGUGUGCCACUGCUCUUUACCUCUUGCUAAACGUUACUGAUUCCGGUAGCCAUUAUUUACAGAGAUGCCUGCCAUAGGGAAACUGCCAUGCGUUUACAGUGAGAGGUGGUAACUCUCACGUGUUAGAUGUUCUCUCACACAUAGUCACCGUGUUACUUUGUACAUAAAUCACUGUAUUCAUAAUCGGUACGGCAAUCAAGUAACGGCGAUGUGGCGUUUCCAUGUUACCUGGUGUCGUGAUCGGCAUACUCGCGGUGCAUUGUACAUGUGUAGCUUUGAAUUUCUAAAGUUUUAGCGCAUGCUAGUAAGCCAGUCGGUGGUCGCGUGCUUUAUCGAUCUGUUUUGCACGCAGCUGCUCGUGCCUAGCAACACUGAUUGAUACCCACGCCCAGAGAAGAGAUGAGCGGACGACGCACUAUUCUUGUGUCGCGUGCAUAUUACGAAUCACAGGCUGGGUGAUUGCUUUGAGGGGAUUCGCACGUCUGUUGUCAUCGCGUCUUCUGUAUGCUCGCUUAUAUAAAAUGGUCACUGUCUAUGGCUACGAAGUUGAGCAGUUACGAAGUUAUCUGCUGUGCGUACGUACACGUAGCGGUGGUUUGGUUGACCUAGCUGGAUUAGGCUAACCUAAACUAAGCUGGGCUGGAGACAGUCUGGUACGACCUAAGCUGGGCUGGAUUAAAUCGGGACUAGCUGCAUGGUCUAGGUUACAUUAAUCAACGAUUGCCUUAGCUUCAUGGUAGGUGUCGCAGUAUAGUGCCUGGUUUUCAUUGUAGAGGACAGUAGUGCCUGCUUCGGAUUACAGUAUAAAUCAUUAAAUGUCGUCAUCUCUGCACUGCCUUUUUAAUAGUGAAUGGCAAUUGUUUUUAAUUGUUAAUUGUUAUGUGAAUUUUUGUUAGGAUAUCUGAGCAUCCGUGUACGAAGUGCUACAGUAUUUUGAGAACAGCUCUAUGACGAGGCAACAUAAUAAUGAGCUAAGCUAGUCAUUACUGAGCGGAUUUCUUACUAAAUCUGUGGAAAUUAAUCUUGGAGCGGAGUAGUCCUGUUAAUAGCUGACAUGAUCGUCAUUGGAGAACUAUAAUGAUUACUAACUAAUAUCUUAAUUGGCUGUAAACAUGUAUGAGAUCGUUUUGUGUAAUUAUAAUGUUGAUUUAAU